UCCAAAUCGCUCAAAUGUAAACAAAGAAUCUGGAACGUACUUUAAUGAAAUUCUCGAAUUAAAGCAGAAAUUAGAGGAAAUUUCGUUUAAAAUUCGUGUCUCCGAUCAUGUUUGAUCCGGAAAACCUCAAGGAAUGGACACCACUUGACGAUUUACUCUCAAAAAUCCCCAUUAAAUCGGGUCUCUUAAAAUCCGUCGAUCAAAAUUUAACAUGUAUCUCCGUACUACCAGAGUUUAUAGCCCUUGGCACGGACUCUGGCAUGGUUUUGUGGUAUAAUCGGAAGACCCGGGACAUGCAAAAGCUGCGAACAGAGUCGUCAAAUGCGGUUACUUGCUUGGAAAUCAUUGAUUCUGUGGAGUAUAUGGUGGCAUGUGGCGAUGAAACGGGACGAUUGUCAAUUUUUCAGAUUGAAAAGGAGCAUCCGCCUGAUGUUCGAGUCCUUUUGGCGAAGAAACCAAAGCCCAUUGAGCGAUACACGGUAAAUGGGGUGCACAAAAAUACGAUAAAAUGUCUGGCAUGGUCGAAAAAUGGCAUGAAAUUGUUCUCGGGUGAUAAGACAGGAGUUGUUGCACUCACAGAAAUCGACUAUCAGAGUCAUACAAGUCAUUCCAAGGAAAUAGUAAAUGAGUUUCAUGAAGUUGUUCAAUUGGCUGUUCGUGAGACUUUUUUGCUUUGUAGCACGACAUUCCGCACAAUUAUUUGCCACAAGCAGCAGAAUGACUCGUGGAGUGUUUAUCAAGUAGGCAAAAAAGACAGAAAGACGUUGUGUAAAUUGGGUGCAGCAUUUUUGGGAGCUAAACAGAGCCUUAGUGUGAUAACGACACGACCUGGAUACCGAUUUUGGUUGAGUAAUUUGGAUGGAAAUGUCACACAAACGCUGAUUUUUAAGGAAGAGCUUACGAACAAACAAUAUUCAUCCAUUCCGUUGCUGAAUCCAUCGAAAUAUCCCAUGACAUGGACUCCACUGAACUUUGGCGUGGUUUACGCUUAUGGCGAGGACAGGAUUGUCACCUUUGGCGACAACGUCGUUUACGUGAUUAACUUGAAAACACUCAAAAUCGAACGAGUUAUCGAUCAAUUAAGGGGUGUCAUUGACAUCGCCAUCAAUUUUCCCGAGAUAUUUGUGUUAGAAACUUCAAGAUCCGUGAUACGACUUUCGAUAAAUCCUGAAUCCAUGGAGAAAGUAACAGCAAAUUAUCCGUUAUGGACCAACGAACAAGACAUAGACACAGUAGAUGCAGCUGAAGAAUGUCUCGAUUUACCGCCGAUUGUUCCUUUCAUGCCUGAUGGCAUCCCAAAAGCACUUGAAAAGUCCCAUGAAAUGUUGUGCAAGAAGUUGGAACAAUUUAGUCACAUCGAUACAUCAACGGAUGAUCCAAUUUUGUUUCAAACUCGCGGCGGAAGGAAAAAAAGCAAAGAUCGCAGUCGCAAAUCGAGUACCAAAAGUGCACCAAACAUCGCUGCCUUACAGAAAAUGAACGCUUCUCAGUCGGAAAAUAACAAGGAAGACAUCAAAAGUGAAUUAGAAAAUAUUUUUUCGGGGGAACAAGAUUCGUACAAAUCACUUUCGACCUACAUGGAUGUCAGUUUGUACAACAAUUCAGACACAUCGAAGGCCGAUCGAGAGCUCAAAGAACGUGAAUUGGCGAAAGAAUUAGAAAUUGAAUCGGUUUCACUUGAGCCUAUCACAUCAAAACCCGCAUCUACCCCAACCAUUGAUGAGACACAAAACAUGACAUGGUCCUAUCCCGUGGUACAAAGCACUUUCAUAUCAGCUCCUCAUACCACUGAGAGCAAAAAAUUAAUUCCACAUUUCAAUUUUGACUCGGCAUCCGUGUCUGACGAUGAAAAACUGUUGGAGAACAAUUUGAGUGACGACAUGAAAAAAGUCAUGAUUCAAUCAACGACCUCAGUUUCAUCGAAAAAAGCUCCGUCAAGCACCAUGUCAAAGUCAAUGUACGAUCAACCAAGUCCCAGCGGCGUCGCAGUUUUGGAAAUUUCGGACUACAUGAAGAUCCCGAAUUUGUGGAACAAGAUGGAAAAAGUGUGUGAUGAGUUAGAAGUCGCUCAGGAAGCCGAUGAUUCAGCUGAUCUUUCAACCGAAUGGGAAAUUAUCUAAUAAAUUCUCGAAAAACAGCUUUAAAAA